AUGGAUAUAUCUCAACUGUUCAGCGUGAAGGGGUUGGUGGUCGUGAUAACUGGGGGUGGUAGUGGUCUGGGACUGAUCAUGGCCAAAGCACUAGAAGCAAAUGGUGCUGCAAAGGUCUUCAUUCUAGGCCGUGAUAUCCUCAAGCUAGAAAACGCUGCAAAGCAAUCGAAACACGGAAACAUCAUAUCCUUGCAGUGUGACAUUACCAAGAAAGAUGAUCUUAUCCGCGCCGCUUCCGCAAUCAAAAAAGACAUAGGCUACAUAAAUCUUUUGAUAGCCAACGCCGGCCUUGUCACCCCCGGCCAAAUGACUCAAGGAAUAACACCCCAAAGCUGCAUUCCUGCCAUAUCGGAAUGUUUCCUCAAUCAACCUUGGGAAGCAUACACACAACAGAUGGAUGUUCAUGUUACCGCAACCCUGUAUACGUGCAUGGCAUUCCUUGAUCUCCUAGAUUUGGGCAAUAAAGCGCAGAACAUUUCUUGGAGUUCCCAGAUCAUAGCCACUGGAAGUGCACAAGGCUUCAAUAAGAAUCCAUUGAGUGGUUUGGGUUAUAGUGUCAGCAAAGCUGCAGAGACGCAUCUGAUCAAAAGUCUGGCGUUUUAUUUGGCACCAAAUGGCAUUAGAUGUAACGUGUUAGCUCCAGGUUUCUACGAGUCUGACAUGGUAGCGCCGGCCAUGAAAGCUCUGAACAUAACCACCGACAAUGCACCGAGCUUCAUCUCUCCUAUGGGAAGAAUGGGUAAGCCAGAAGAGAUUGCCGGAUUAGUUUUGACACUUGCUAGCAAAGCAGGUGCUUAUUGUAGUGGUUCGGUGUUCUUAAGUGAUGGCGGGCGAUUGACCCAACAACCCUCUGUAUUUUGA